AUGGCAAACCACUUUGGCAACGGGUCGGCUCACGGCGGCCUUGGCGACGUCGCCGCUUCGGCUGUGGAAAACGAGCCGCAGGACGUGGUGCUUCCCAAGAUCAGCGGUGCGCUCGAGCUCAUCUACAACCCCCACUCGUCCAACCAGACUCGACAGGAGGCCCAGAAGUAUCUCGAGGUCGUCAAGGAUACCACCCAAGGUCCCUCGGUCGGCUUCGCCCUGGCCUCCAACCAGUCCAGCUCGCCGGUGGUUCGUCACUUUGGUCUGUCCAUGCUCGAGCACGCCAUCAAGCACAAAUGGGCCUACUUCUCACCCGAGCAGACCUCGUGGAUCCGCGGCUGGGUCCUAGAGCUGGCCCAGAACGUCUCGCGCAACGACGCCCCGUUCCUGCGCAACAAGAUCGUCCUGCUGUGGGUCGAGCUGGCCAAGCGCUGCUGGGCCGCCGAGUGGAUGGAUAUGGACGAGCUGCUCCUGCAGCUGUGGCAGCGGCCGGGCGACAACGUGCACAAAGAGCUCGUGCUCUACGUGCUUGAGACCCUCUCGGAAGAGGUCUUCAAUGGUGACGAUGCCGUUGUCGCUCUGCGCGAGAGCGUACUCAGCAAGGCUUGUGUCGACAUUUUCACGCCCUCGUCCGUCCUCAACGAAUGCUUCCCCAAUCGCUCGCGUGUGCCGGUCGUCCGGGCUGGCGACGAUGGCUGGCUGCUCCGCGUGUCUGAUCUGCUGCGCAGCUGCCUCGAGGCCGACGUGCAGAGCAACGCCGAGGCGCGCAGCUGUGCUGUCCGUGCCCUGGCCGUCUUCACCUCGUUGCUGCCCUGGACCAUACCCAAGGCCAUCAUUGCCAGCCAGUGCGUGCCGUGUCUAUGCGAGAGCUUGGCUGCGCCAAACGUCGCCGUCCAGAAGGCUGCGCUCGAAGCCCUGCACGCGCUGUACUCACGCAGCCAUUUCGCUGAGGACGAGUUUGUUGCCAUCGUCGUGCCCAUGUACGACUCCAAAUACGUCGAUCUGUACAGCAGGCUUUUUGAGUGGGCCAAGGUGGAUGCCGACGACAUCGACGACGACAGGUACCAGUUUAGCAAGAAGUUUUCCGAGAUGCUAUCCUGCCUAGGCAAUUAUCUGGACCGUCGCUUUUCCAGCCUGCCGCAGGGCGUCGACGUCCAGAAGUUCGUCGAGCUUCUCCUCCAGGUCGUGCAGAGCGAAAGCCUCGUCGUCGCCAUACCUGUGUUGGUGACGUGGACCCGGCUGCUGAACCACCGCUCGAUCGGCCCCCUGAUCGCCGAUACGCCCUUGAUUGGCCCCCUCCUGGAGGUGUGCAGCUUGCGGCUGAUUCGAUACGAGAGCCUACCCGAGGACACACAGGACGCCUCCUACGUCUUUCUCCUGGAAGAUACCGACACAAUCCCGGAGCGCCAUGCGUUCCUGGGCAAUUACCGCCGGUACAGUUCCCAGGUGAUCGAGACGAUCGUGCAGCUCAAGCUCGUUGACGCUUUCCGACACGUUCUGUCCCAAGGCGAAAACAUGCUACAUCACCUCUAUGACGGCGGUCAAUCUCUGAAUGUGGAAAACUACAACAAGAACUCAAUGGCUGUCUUGCGGGUCGAUGCACAGUUUACUGUGAUCGAGUCGGCUUUGAAGGGCUACACGAGGUGGAGAUCUUCCGGCGCGUCCGAUGAAGACCAGCCCGAGCGGCGACAGCAACAGGCUACUCUUGAAGACGAGUUCGAGUCGUGGUGCAACCGUCUGGUCGAGAUGACGUUUAAAGACCCGUGCAUCCGCAAACGCGUUCUGCAGCUUCUGGUAGCCUUUUCCAUCACGGCCUUGGACCAGCAUCGCAGCUUUAUGCUCAAGGUGCUAGAGCAUAUCUUGGUCACGUGGCCAAAUCUGGAGAGCCUUGAGCACAGAGCGUUCAACGACGCGGUCAAGGAUCUGCAAUCGGAGAGCAUGGUUGAGCUCCAGCGUCUGGCAACAAAGCAGCCUGAUCAUCUGCUGAACGUGUACGACCAGCUGGAGACCAAGGUGAAGGAGCUGGUGCGAUCGGGCACGCUUGACGAGAAGCGACAGAUCGCCUACCAAAGUUUUCUCUUCCUCAUCAUCCAUCGGGCGCGAGGCAUCGACAUGGGCGCAAGAAUUCAAAAACUGCAGAUCUUUCUGACGCCCGUGCAGGAGCAAUGGCAGGCUCCGGAUCUGCAACGGGCGCUGUCUUCGUACAGCGGCUUCUGCGAGCUGGUCGGCCUCGACAAGGCGCAGGAGUACAUUGCGCGCAAGCGCAUCGACCAGGUUGCGGAUUGGGGCGCGAUCGAGCUGGACGCAGAAGGCCUCGCCCUGCAAGCCGACCUUGAGGCGCGCCAGGCCCUGUUGCCGCUACGAUCGACAAAGACGUUUCUGACUGCGUCGGUGGAGCGGCUGGAGAAGAACUCGGAUGCUUUCCAGGCGUCUUGUGUGCUCUGGCAAGAAUCGGUGCCGCUGAUCCUCUUGCGGCUGCUCGAGUUCCUCGAUUAUGCCCAUGCGUCCCAUAAUUUCAGCAGCUGGACACUGCUCCCCGAAGAGAUGCGCCCGUUCGUCGGACGGCUGCUCACCGACCGGUUCUGGCAGUCGGGCAUAUCCGAGGGAAGCAAGGAUGACUUUUAUGCCCGCGUCCUCGACCGCAAGGGAACCAUGGAGGGCCUUGCCUCUUCGAUCCGGUCCACGGUGCGAUAUGUCCGGGAGACGGCCUACUCGAUCCUCCUCAGCCUGAGCCGGUUCAGUGUCCAGUUCUACAGCUUCAACGGGCUGUCAGAGCCCUUGUCACGGGCUCUGUUUUCCAACGCUCUUCAUCUGCCGCCGCACCAGAUCAUCGGACUGCUGAAUCUCGUCCGGUUCCUCGUCGACAACUGCCCUGUCGAGUUCCGCGAACCUUUUCUGCCUCCUCUCAUCGCGUCUUGCUUCCAGCAGACCUCGGCCAAGCUCGUGCAGGAAUGGGGCAGGAUCGACCAGGUACAGCAGACGCCGUCCGACGCGGACUCACUCACAGAGGAGAUGAAGGCCGAGAGCAUUCUCCGGCAGUUUGGCUAUUGUGCUGUGAUCAUGAUGGCCGACUUUCUAGACCCGACCAGGAUCAACAUUCUGCUUCCAGAGAGCACGCAGGCGACAACGAAACGGUUUCCAACCCUGCGGCGUUUUUGUCUCAUGCAAACAGGCAUCGUUGAGCCCCUGCUGGUAUUUUGCAACAACGUGAUUCGAAUUCACGACGGCCGCUGCUGUAGCAUCGUCCUUCGAGUUCUGCGGACUAUCAUUGCAGAGUUUGUCGGCGUGGACUCGGCAGAGGCGCUGCCACCGGCGCCACCAGCAGCACCGACGGCGGCGAAUGCGGAUGACGAGCAGCAGGACGGAGCCACUUCGCGGACACCGGACUCGUUUCCGGUGCCAGCGGAGACCUCGACGGCAGUGCGCGAGUACCUGUCCUUGGAGGUGCUCAAGAGCUGCAUCCUGUCGCUGCAUGAGCCAUAUUUUGUGGACCAGCACCGAGAGCUGGGCUCACUCAUCGCGUCCAUCCUCUGCCACUACUGCCCGUUGACGACGACGCCCAGACAGGUGCUGCUGUCGCUGCCAGACAUCAAGCCAGAAGAUGUUGUUUUCACGGUCGAGCAGGUGUGCCGGUCCGGCAUGCACAGCCGGCAACAGAGGGCGCUCGUACUAGACCUGCUCAAGGAUCUGAAGGGCGUCAGUGUGGCCGAGAUGGGCAAGCUGAGCAAGACGGCCGGCCUGAAGCGCGAUGGCGGGCGAGGGACCAAGAAGCCCAGUCAGCGAAGCCAGAUGGCGCAGCAGUUCAUGACGGCGCCGACGACGACGACAGUAGGAGAGGAGAACGUCGGCUCGCGCAUGAUGGAGGGAGGCGGGCGGGGCAGCCCCGACCUCGAGGGUGUUGCAGGACUGUUUAAUCUGGCGGAUUAG